AUGCCACAGUAUGGUCUCUACCGCCAAUUAUUCAUUGUCUUCUCUAUACUAUCUCCGUUGGUCAGAUCUUUCACCGUGAUCACCUCCGACUCGAUGGCUCCGUCAGCUCUUAUCGACGGGCCACAAACCGGAUUCACGAUGACCAGUGACGGAGCUCGCACGGAGCCCGACGAGCAAGACGCCGUCUACGACAUUAUGCGUGCGACCGGCAAUGAUUGGGCCGCCUCGAUUCCGGACGUGUGUCGAGGCCGGUGGCACGGGAUCGAGUGUAUGCCGGACCAGGAUAACGUUUACCACGUCGUCUCUCUGUCGUUCGGAGCUCUCUCAGACGACACGGCGUUCCCUACUUGUGACCCGGAACGCUCUUACGUCUCCGAGUCCAUCACGAGGCUUAAACACCUCAAAGCAUUGUUUUUCUAUCGUUGUUUAGGCCGGGCUCCUCAGCGAAUACCGGCGUUUCUUGGCCGCUUGGGUUCGAGUUUGCAAACGCUAGUUCUCAGGGAGAAUGGGUUUCUUGGUCCUAUACCGGAGGAACUGGCCAAUCUCACCAGUUUGAAAGUUCUUGAUUUGCAUAGAAACAACCUCAACGGCUCCAUUCCGUUGUCGUUUAACCGGUUCUCCGGUUUAAGAUCGCUUGAUUUGAGUGGGAAUCGGUUGACUGGUUCGAUUCCCGGUUUUCAUCUUCCGGAUCUUAAUGUUCUGGACCUGAACCAGAAUCUGUUAACUGGCCCGGUACCAUCCACACUCUCGAGUUGUGGUUCGUUGAUCAAAAUUGAUCUUAGCCGUAACCGAUUCACUGGUCCCAUCCCUGACUCAAUUAACCGGCUCAACCAACUGUUGCUUCUUGAUUUGAGCUAUAACCGGUUGUCAGGUCCAUUUCCGCCUUCUCUCCAAGGUCUAAACUCUCUUCAAGCUUUGAUGCUCAAAGGCAAUACCAAAUUCUCGGCAACGAUUCCGGAAAAUGCUUUCAAAGGGCUCAAGAACUUGAUGAUUCUAGUUCUCUCAAAUAUGAAUCUCCAAGGCUCAAUACCGGGAUCAUUGACUCGGUUAACAAGUCUUCGGGUCCUUCAUCUGGAGGACAACAACUUGACCGGGUCGAUUCCUUUGGAAUUUCGUGACGUGAAGCAUCUAAGCGAGCUGAGGCUAAACGAUAACCAUCUGACAGGGCCCGUACCGUUCGAGAGAGACACCGUGUGGAGGAUGAGGAGAAAGCUGAGGCUGUAUAACAAUGCCGGUUUGUGCGUGAACAGGGACAGUGACUUGGAUGAUGUAUUCGGUUCAACAUCCGGAUCAAGUGUCAGGUUGUGUAAUGAGGAAAUGCAGAGACCAGGGCCUUCCGGUACGGUUCAGCAUCUAUCUAGGGAAGAUGGUAUUACUGCAGGCGCAGCUACGGACGUGUCAAGCGGUUCCAAGCCGUUAGACUUCUUUAAUGUAUUUGCAUUCUUUCUUGUGUUCUCAGUUUCUCUUGUAUGCCAAUAA